AUGCCGCAGUCACACAGAGCGAAGCUGAUUGAGAAAAUCCAGCAGACAGCCACCGACGGACCGUCGUGCAAAAUUGACAAUUCUUCUCCGGUCCGAGGCGAUUCGAAUUUCACCAUACCUACGGCAUUCAAUACGGCGAGACCUGGACAUGGCCUAUCAAUUGCUUCGUCGGAAGGAGGGUGGGCGUCCACGAAUGCUGCCGCGCCGACGAGCGAACUUCUUGAAAUGCAUGGCGCAACAACGUGCAGGCUAGGCGGUGCAUCGAUGCAAUACUUGCACCCCAGUUUUGCUCAAUGCUGGGGGCGUUGGCGGUCGCAUUGCGUCGCUAACUUGAAAGUAGCCGGUGUCAUAAUGGCUAUGGCAUGGUUCCAUCAUCCUGCAAUGCUUGGAAUUUCCGCCCGGCGAUACGACGCGGGAUUCUACGACUCCGUGGAUCGUGGACGAAGUUUGAAGGAGGGCACUGGGUACGGGGACGGGGGACGCAUUCGACUCAAAUGUGUGGGCACUUUCGCUCGAUGA